AUGUCCGCGAAACGUCUCCCAGGCGGGCGCCCGCAGCUCCUGUCACAAGCGCGCCACUGGAACGCCUCUUGCAGCUUCAGCACCUCCCGCCGUUUAUCCUCCGUAGACCCGCCCGCCGCCUCGGUCGCAGCUUCAUUCGUCUCUCGAUUCCAGUCGUUGGGCCCUCAGACGCGGGCGCAAAGGAUCGAUGCAAACCAGCUGCAGCUUCUGACGCUCACUCUGAACCGCCCUUCCCUCUUCCCCGGUUCCCCGUCGCUCUCCAACACACCGACUGCUCCUCCCGCGGAAACAUCUGUGCCUCCAGGCUACCAUCUUGUCUACUUCACACCCGCGUUCCUAGAAGGAGAGCUCGGACCCGAUGGAACCGAUGCGUCCUAUAACCCCGAAGCCCCCUUCACGCGGCGCAUGUGGGCUGGCGGCGAAGUCCUUUGGCCCCGGAGCGCAGACGGCAAACCGAACCCCUUGCGAGUAGGACAGGAGGUUCGCGAGACGACUCGAGUGCUUAGUGCAGAGCCCAAGGUUGUCAUGAAGACCGGUGAGGAUAUGAUUGUGGUUGGCGUGGAGAAGGAAUUCUCAAAUGAUCGCGGUAUCUCCAUCAUCGACCGAAGGAAUUGGGUAUUCCGCAAAGCAUUGCCUACACCGUCUGCCUUUACCCCCGUCAGCACCGCACCUCCUUCUGCAUCCCACCGGUCGCAGGCAUCGGCCUCGGCGAUAUGCACCGAAGGGAACACGCAUUCACGGACCGUCGUGCAGUCGCCCGUCACACUCUUCCGAUUCUCCGCCCUCACGUUUAACCCGCACAAGAUUCAUUAUUCGCUGCCUUGGGCGCGAGAUGUAGAGGGACACAGGGAUAUCGUUGUCCACGGGCCAUUGAACUUGAUCUCCAUCUUAGACCUUUGGAGAGAUACUCGGAACAACGGCGCCGACCCGACCUCAGUGAUUCCGCAGCGUAUCUCGUAUCGUGCAACUAGUCCACUGUAUGCGGGUGAUGAGUAUCAAAUCAAGCUGCAGGAUGAGGGGGAUAUGACAAAGGUUCAUAUCCUCGGACCAGGAGGGGUGGUGGCGAUGAAAGCAGAGAUUCAGGGCUGA